UCUCUCUUCCUUAGUUUUUUUUUCUCUCACUUGUUUACACUUCUUGUUCUCAUUUGAAAAAAAAUAAAAUAAAAAAAAUCAAGAAAGUCACCUAUUUCUCUAAGUUAUAGUUGAUUAAUUUGUGGGGUUGGUUCAAAAGUUCCAAUACAAUGGGAGAUGAAUCAAGUAGAAGAGUUUCAAUUGAAGCUAAUCAUGAGGAUGAUCAAAGAAUUAAUAGUAACAGACUUCCAAAUUUUCUUUUAUCAGUUAGGCUCAAAUAUGUGAAACUUGGCUACCAUUAUUUGAUUAGCCAUGCUAUGUAUUUGUUCCUUGUCCCAAUUUUAAUUGCUUUAUUUGCUCAUCUUUCAACAAUUACUAUGGAAGAUGUGGUUCAAUUAUGGGAUCAACUCAAAUUCAAUCUUGUCACAGUAAUUUUGUGCUCUGCCCUCAUAGUUUUCUUGGCUACACUUUAUUUUAUGACUAGGCCACGUAAAGUGUACCUAGUCGAUUUUUCAUGUUACAAGCCUAAACCAGAUGUUAUGUGUACUAAGGAAUUAUUCAUAGAGAGAUCAAAGAAAGCCGGAGUUUUCACUGAGGAGAAUUUGGCCUUUCAGAAGAAAAUACUGGAGAGGUCAGGUUUAGGUCAAAAGACAUAUUUUCCGGAAGCUCUUUUGAAAUUGCCACCAAAUCCUUGUAUGGUUGAGGCAAGAAAAGAAGCUGAGAUGGUUAUGUUUGGUGCAAUUGAUGAAUUAUUGGAGAAAACUGGUGUGAAGGCUAAGGAUAUUGGGAUUCUUGUGGUGAAUUGUAGUUUAUUUAAUCCAACUCCAUCACUUUCUGCUAUGAUUGUUAAUCAUUAUAAGCUUAGAGGAAAUAUCCUGAGUUACAACCUUGGUGGUAUGGGAUGUAGUGCUGGAUUAAUUUCAAUUGAUCUUGCCAAGCAAAUGCUACAGGUGCAACCAAACUCUUAUGCACUAGUAGUCAGCAUGGAAAACAUAACACUCAAUUGGUACUUUGGCAACAAUCGAUCAAUGCUAGUCUCAAAUUGCAUUUUCCGUAUGGGUGGUGCGGCAAUUUUACUAUCGAAUAAAUCGUCCGAUCGACGAAGAUCAAAAUACCAACUCAUCCACACAGUACGCACACACAAAGGUGCAGAUGACAAGAGCUAUGGUUGUGUGUUCCAAGAAGAAGACGAUAACAAAAAAAUCGGAGUUGCGUUGUCCAAAGACCUAAUGGCUGUAGCAGGGGAGGCCUUAAAAACAAACAUCACAACUCUUGGGCCAAUAGUCCUUCCUAUGUCCGAACAACUAUUAUUUUUUGUUACAUUAGUUGCGAGGAAAGUGUUCAAGAUGAAAAUAACACCGUAUAUUCCUGAUUUUAAGUUAGCGUUCGAGCAUUUUUGCAUUCAUGCUGGUGGCAGGGCAGUGUUAGAUGAGUUGGAAAAAAAUCUUGAAUUAAGUAAAUGGCAUAUGGAGCCAUCAAGAAUGACACUUUAUAGAUUUGGGAAUACUUCAAGUAGUUCAUUGUGGUAUGAAUUGGCAUAUACUGAAGCUAAAGGAAGGAUAAAGAAAGGUGAUAGGACAUGGCAAAUUGCAUUUGGUUCAGGAUUCAAGUGUAAUAGUGCAGUGUGGCGUGCAUUAAGGACUAUUAAUCCCGCUAAAGAGAAAAAUCCUUGGAUGGAUGAAAUUGAUGAAUUUCCAGUUGAAGUGCCUAGAAUUGUAACUAUUAAUGAUUCUUGAGGAAUGUUUGUUCAACCCCAAUAACAAAAGGGGAACCAACUAGCUAGUUAUGUGUUGUGAUCAUUGUAAUAUUACCUCCCUUUGUUAUUAUUAUUACUAGGUGGAUAUGUACUUUGAUUAUGAUUUAAGAAAGCAAUAAAAUGUCUUCUAUUUUUGAUAAUA